CGUUCAGUUGUUCAACGGCACUCCUCGGUGUAACAUCGUGUUUCUGGAGUUCGGUCCCGGAUUACUUGGGUGGUGAUAAGAUUAUUUUGGAGGACUUUACUAUUUUUUUGUGGUUCUUUGUUAUAACUAUGCACUAAUGCGAGUUAAUCUACCUAGUGAAAGAAUGACCGACGAAAGGACACCGUUGACGCUGGGACCGCCCCCGCCGUUGGACACGGACAGCGGAUCGUCCUACGUUCACCAGCACAAGGGUUACGAAACUUUGCGGGAGCGCCAGGUUAAGACCUUCCAGUGUUGGAUCUGCUCCGCCAUUUUGGGAGCCUUCGUGAUCGGAAUUAUCAUAAGCCUCAGUUACAUAAUUCUGGGCGACGCAAGAAAAGGAGCGGCCAACGUUACGAACACUACCGAGUCGGCGAAUUUCCCGGAUUUGUUUAAUCUGAUUAGCUUUCCGCUUGCCGACGAAUCGAUUCCGACUUGGGACGGACCGGAUGUGAGCGAUGAAGAUGCGGCGGCGGCAAUAUCCGAAGGAGAGAAAGCCUUGGGCGAUAAGGAACUGCUGGAGGAAGCGUUGACGGCUCCACCGGUCAAUUCUCCGACCUACCGUCAUCAGCGUGCUGUGAGUACCUCGUUGGCCGCGCGUUUGGUGUCCAAGUUGGGCUACGUCGAGAUCAAGGCGACCAAGGCGAUCGCCCGAAAGUUCAACAUGAACAAGCGACACCGUCGUUGGAGUAUCGGAAAGGGUCUGGCACUUAAGCUUCCUCGCGUGAACGAAACUCAGGUGUGUGACUUCAACGCGCGAUACAGGACUAACAACGGCACUUGUAAUAACCGAAAGCAACCGUAUUCUUACGGAGUGGCAUUGAUCCCCUUCCGUCGUCAGCUGACCCCGGACUACGGUGACGGUGUUUCGAGUCCACGAGAAUCGGUUGAUAGGAAAGCAUUGCCUAGUGCACGGCAGGUUUCAAUAGAGUUGCAUCGUCCCUCGUACCACAACGAUCCGAACUUCUCGGUAAUGCUUGCUGUUUGGGGUCAAUUCUUGGAUCACGACAUCACGUCUACUGCGUUGAAUCAGGGAGUUGGCGGCAAGGCGAUCGAGUGUUGCGAUCCAGGUCAACCUCAACAUCCGGAGUGCUACCCGGUCAAGCUUGGACCGGGAGAUCCUUACUUCCACGAAUAUAACUUGACAUGUAUGAACUUUGUUCGGUCUAUACCGGCAAGUACGGGUCAUUUGGGACCGCGUCAGCAGUUGAACCAAGCCACGGCUUAUAUCGAUGGAUCGGUCGUGUACGGUUCGGACGACGCCAAAGUUAAGCGGCUAAGAUCAGGCGUGGAUGGGCGUUUGCGUAUGUUAAAGACCCCGGACAAUCGAGAACUGCUACCACAAUCUACUGAUCCCAAUGAUGGAUGUAACGAAGCGAGCAUGAACGCAGCCGGCAAGUAUUGCUUCGAGUCUGGAGACGAUCGUUCGAACGAAAAUCUUCAUCUGACCUCGAUGCACUUGAUCUGGGCAAGACACCACAAUAAUUUGACCGGGGAGCUCAAGAAGGUCAAUCCGGAGUGGGACGACGAGCGGUUGUUCCAGGAAGCGCGACGAAUCUUGGCUGCCCAGAUGCAGCAUAUAACCUACAGUGAAUUUGUUCCCGUGAUCAUCGGAGCUAACAACAGUGACCAAAUGGGUAUUUCGCCGACUCCGGACAGUGAUCGCGAUACUUACAACGCUUCGGUAGAUGCCUCUAUCGCCAACAUAUUUGCGGCAGCGGCCUUCCGUUUUGCUCACACGUUGCUUCCGACCCUGAUGAAACAAACACGCGAUCCGACGAGUUCUGCAUCCGGAAUCGAGCUGCAUAAAAUGUUGUUCAACCCGUACUCCUUGUACGGGUCAACCGGUUUGGACGACGCGAUCGGUGGGGCGAUGAGUACCCCGCUGGGCAAGUACGAUCAAUUCUUUACCACCGAGUUGACCGAACGACUGUUUGAAAAGUCCGAAGAUCUGCUGCACGAUCGACCUUGCGGACUGGACUUGGUAUCGUUGAACAUCCAACGUGGUCGCGAUCACGGACUGCCCUCGUACCCUCACUGGAGAAAGCACUGUCGAUUGCCCCCGGUUGAUACCUGGGCCCAAAUGGCUGACGCCGUCGAUCCGGGAUCGCUCGAGCAAAUGAAGAAGAUGUACGCAGAACCGGAAAAUGUGGACGUCUAUUCGGGAGCACUGAGCGAACCUCCCGUAAAAGGGGGAGUCGUUGGACCGCUGAUCACGUGCCUUCUCGGGGAUCAGUUCGUUCGCUUGAAGCAGGGAGAUUCGUUCUGGUACGAGCGCCGACGAGGACCGCAGCGAUUCACUAGAGACCAACUGCAGCAAAUCUACAAUACGAAACUGUCCAGCAUCAUCUGCCGCAACUCGGAUGCCAUCACCCAUUCCCCGGUGGAUCUUAUGCGAAAGGUCGACCGCAAUCAAAAUCCGGAACGGCCAUGCUCCGAGCUGGACACGUUCGACUUUGGAGCGUUCCGUGAGAGGAAGAAGGAUUUGACAGGGCGGGUUAAGGUGGCCACCGCUAAAGUUGGAGUGCUGGUGAUACAGACCUCGUCGACGUCCACCGAAGCCAGCGUGGGAACAAGUGCGACGGAGCCUUCAACGACAUCGACAACGGGGGCGGCCACAACUACCACUACAACGGCUUCGGUGCCAGCCACUUGAAGGGUUUCGCGCGGCGAUCGAUAGCUAA